GCCGAUCAUAGAAGGGGCGAAGCCAUGACGAUCAUGGACGGGCGCUUGGCCAUCUUGUAUAAAUAUCGUCCGACUCCCCUUUGCGUAGACUUGCUUUUUGGUGUUUCACUCACCCUGAUCUGCAAGAAACUUUUUAAGUUAAAUCGCACCCCAUCUUCUCUCAUCUCACUCACUCACUUUCUAUCGCACCAUCCACACAACGUUCACUUCCAACAUGCAGUUCUUGGUUGCCUCUGCUCUCCUGGCUGGCGCUGCUGUCGCCAUGCCCACCCACGUCCAGGUCGCGUCUGCUGUUAAGGCCAUUGCCGAUGCCAACCCCGACUCUUGCACCGCUCAGUCUCUCCGAACCAGCGAAUGGACCCUCAAGGACUUUGACUUCCAUGCCUCAUACACCUUCACUACUCCAGCCCACCAGAACUCGUGGGGCUACGUCAACUUUGAGCUUGCCAACAAGAACCUCGACUACAAUGCCAAGUGCAGCGCCACCUCUGGCUGGCUCGACUCCUUCUUCUACGGCCUCAUCAACUACAACUGCACACAGCCUGACGGCAGCCUGUCCCAGGGUAGCUUCAACUUUAGCCGUGGCGACAACACCCUCAACAUCAACCAGACCUGGCCUUGCAAGGAGGAAGGCAGCCGCUUCUACGCCCAGGGCGGUGCCAAGCUCCCUCUUGACUGCACGGAAGAGAAGUGGCAGAACCCCGAUUGGCAGCUGGGCCAGAUCUACUCGACUCGCGUCAUCACCUGCAAGAACGUUACCAUGCCCCUGCCCUUCACCAGCCUUGCUGCUAUUGCCUAAGCAGUGAUCCCUAGCAAGGCAUUUGUCACCUUGCUGGCACCGAAAAUAUAACAACUGUACAAAAAUGAUUUUGAGCGUUGAAUUACAUAUUCCUUGUUCGGGAAACGACGGAUUGAUCUUCACGGCAUUCUCUUUAAUACUUUUAUCGCAAACAAGCGGCGGAACAUAACCUGGAGCCUAAUUAUGUAUGCAAUGGACCCAUAUGAAGGAAAGGAGACUGGACAUAGGUUAGCAAACAGUAUAAUACCCGAAUAGACAAAUAGAUUUGAACCAUAUUCAAGUAUCCAGCGUCACGUGUUUGAUCAGUGUGUGGGAUAUGAUGGUUCAUGUCAGCUCAUAUCCAUCAACGGCCAGCGUGGGUCGGCUGUAUGAUUGUAACUCCAUUUUCGUCACCCAUGCCGUAGCUGACGUGCUUCCAAAUGGCAGAGAAUCGAUAAUAGACAUGAGACGAGACAGUUAGAGUGCGCUCGGCUCAACGGCCCGCCAGUGUAACGCAGCGAAUCUAUAUUGUGCAGAUUUCAGACCAAUGUUUCAUAGCCACGAGUUGCGUAAACUCUAUCUCGCUUCCUGGAAAACGUCUGCAGCGGUUGAAGAAAGAUGAAAACUUUGGAAGCAAAAAUUACGUGCACCACUUUAUAUAUGCUUUGCAACAAACUCUGCCAGCUGGUACGCACCUGGCAGACUGUCCUCCUCCACCGCCCACCCGUUCUUUAA